UCCCGCACGUCCCGGUCCGUGGACGGUGAGGUCACUGUGAAAGUGGGCGGGGCCACAGCAGCACAGAUGAUGAUGAUGAUGGUGAUGGAGGAGGGAGUGAAAGUUGAGGAGAGAGAGAGAGAGAGAGAGAGAGAGAGAGAGAGAGAGGAGCAGAGGUUUCCAAACUGUAGCGGCUCUGAUCCGGAUCCUGCAGGAGGGACUAGAGGAAAAUUCUCAUCAUGAUGCUGGCCACCCAGUACCUGCCCCACUGCUCCCUCAUUCUUCUAGUGCUAUUAGAGUUGGUCGUCGGCCAGUAUGAACACUUUGGCUAUCCGCCAGGUUACCCUGAACCGGUGCAGGAGCAGUACACGCCACCGCAGCUGUCUCCAGACACACCGAGGAUCCAGCUACGACUGGCAGGAGAUAAACGGAAACACAACGAAGGCCGCGUAGAGGUCUUCUACAACGGCGAGUGGGGAACCGUCUGUGAUGAUGACUUCACUCUCCACGCUGCUCAGGUGGUCUGCAGGGAGCUGGGGUACGUAGAAGCCAUCUCGUGGUCACCGUCCUCAAAAUACGGGAAAGGACAAGGACCCAUCUGGUUUGACAAUCUCCACUGCACUGGGAAAGAGAAGACUCUGGCGUUGUGUCCGUCCAAUGGGAUCGGCGUUUCAGACUGCAAACACACUGAAGAUGUGGGAGUGGUGUGCAGCGACAGGAGGAUCCCAGGGUUUAAGUUUAUCAACACCAUGGCCAACCACAUUGAGAGUCUUGACAUCCAAGUUGAAGACGUCCGCAUACGAGCCAUCCUGUCAUCGUACCGUAAACGUAUCCCGGUAACAGAGGGCUACGUGGAGGUGAAGGACGGCGGUAAAUGGAAGCAGAUCUGUAACGCAGAGUGGACUCAGUUUAACAGCCGAGUUAUUUGUGGCAUGUUUGGCUUCCCGGGAGAGAGGAGAUACAACACCAGAGUCUACAAGAUGUUUGCUCGCAGGAGAAAGCCCACAUACUGGGACUACUCUGUCAACUGCACUGGUAAUGAAGCCCAUUUGUCCAGCUGUAAACUGGGCCAGGCUGCGUUAGGGAAGUCCAACGGGACCUGUGCUGGAGGGUUGCCUGUGGUGGUGAGCUGCGUUCCUGGCAGAGCCUUCGCCCCGACACCCAUGUCUGGAUUCAGGAAGGCCUUCAGACAAGAGCAACCGUUGGUUCGUCUUCGUGGCGGGGCCAUCGUAGGCGAGGGCCGAGUGGAGGUGCUGAAGAACGGAGAGUGGGGAACCAUCUGUGACGACAACUGGAACCUACAGUCUGCCACCGUAGUGUGUCGAGAGCUGGGCUUCGGAACAGCCAAGGAGGCUCUGUCUGGAGGCCGCCUGGGGCAAGGUAUGGGCCCGGUGCACAUGAACGAGGUGGAGUGCUCUGGAUUUGAGAAGUCCAUUACUGAGUGUUUCUUUAAUAAGGAGAAUGUAGGUUGCAGCCAUGAGGAGGAUGCAGCUGUCAGGUGUAACGUCCCUGCUAUGGGCUUCCAGGAGAGGCUCCGUCUCAGUGGAGGUCGGACCCCGUACGAGGGCCGCGUGGAGGUUCUGGUGGAGAGGAACGGCUCCCUGGUGUGGGGGACGGUGUGCAGUGACGGCUGGGGGACCAUGGAGGCCAUGGUGGUGUGCCGACAGCUGGGUCUGGGCUUCGCCAGCAACGCGUUCCAGGAAACGUGGUAUUGGCCUGGAGCGGUGGGCGCCGACGCCGUGGUGAUGAGCGGCGUUCGUUGCUCUGGUACUGAAAUGUCUCUGUCCCACUGCCUGCAUCACGGAGGACACCUCAACUGUCCGAAAGGAGGCGGACGCUACGCCGCCGGAGUGUCCUGCUCAGAAACUGCUCCUGACCUGGUGUUGAACCCUCAGGUGGUGGAGCAGACCACCUACAUGGAGGACAGGCCUAUGUUUAUGCUGCAGUGUGCUUACGAGGAGAACUGCCUGUCCUCCACCUCCGGCCAGGUGCCUGCCAACUCCUACCGCCGCCUGCUGCGCUUCUCCUCCCAGAUCCACAACAACGGACAGUCGGACUUCAGACCCAAAGCCAGCCGGGAGUCCUGGGUGUGGCACGACUGUCACAGGCAUUAUCACAGCAUGGAAGUGUUCACACUCUAUGACUUGUUUAGUCUCAAUGGCACCAAAGUGGCAGAAGGACACAAAGCAAGUUUUUGCCUGGAAGAUUCAGAGUGUGAUGAAGGUAUUGAAAAGAGGUAUGAAUGUGCCAACUUUGGGGAUCAGGGUAUCACUGUGGGCUGCUGGGAUACCUACAGGCACGACAUCGACUGCCAGUGGGUGGACAUCACUGAUGUCAAACCUGGAGAUUAUAUUUUCCAGAUUGUAAUUAAUCCAAACUAUGAAGUACCAGAAUCAGACUACUCCAAUAACAUUGUGAAAUGCAGAUGCCGAUACGACGGCCAUCGAGUGUGGAUGUACAGCUGCCAUAAUGGUGGCUCAUUAAGCAUCGAAACCGAGCAGACGUUCCCAGGUCUCAUCAACAACCAGGUGACCCACAGGUAAAGACGAAGCAGAGGAGAGAAGUCGACCGGCUGCCCCCACCACCACCACCCCAACCACCACCUCCUGCAGAGAGACCAUCUGAAGCCCUGUUGAGCUGCAUUAUGUAAUAAAAGUUCAAAAUGUAAUAAGAAUGUCACGUCAUCUUGCAAUAAAGCCGCAUUAUGUAAUAAACUGACGCAUUUUGUAAAAAACUAAGUCAACGCAGUU